GGCUGACGAUGUCAUCAGGUUCGGUCGACGACUUGGCCACCGUCUUCGUUGCCCUACGGGGUGCCUGGGGUGCGUUCGUGAACACGGACACAUUCACCAUCGGCGAGCAAAAGGAGAUCUUCAUCGGGAUGCGCAUCUUCGAACUUGCCAAGCAGGCGAAAACCGUUCGCCACUACAUCUGGAGCAGCCUUGACUAUAUCACCAAGAUAUCGGGAUACGACCCUAAGUACAAGACGGGCCAUUACGAUGCCAAGGGCCGCGUCACCGAUUGGUUGAAAGCACAGCCUUCUGUCGUCAGCGACAGCGACCUGUCUUGGAGCUCCCUCACGUCAGGUCCUUAUACGGAGAUGCUCACGCUCCCUAUGUUCGGCCCUUUCGCCCGCCGUGCCGAUGGCACAUCCGUCUUUGCAUUCCCCACUGCUCAGGGCCACAUCUCUCUGACUUCCCUCAAAGACGUCGGCUUCUUCGCCCGCUACUCUUUCGACAAUCGCGCCGAAGUCUCAGGUAGGGACCUCGCAAUCGCGAGCGAGAUGGCCACACUCGAGAACACCGUUGAGACCUUUAAGAGGGUCACCGGGCUGCCGGCCGUCGGAGUGCACAUCACCGUCGAGGAGUGGUUCCGCAACUGGAAGAACACCGACUAUCCUGUCGCGAAGGAGUGCAAGCGCGGCGACGGAUCAACGACUUGGGAGGAAGCUUUCACCGCAUGGUGGUACAUGUUCCGAGAUGACCUUAUCAAGCGAGACAUGGCUUGGGUCCGCAAGGUCAACCCUAACGUACAGACUCUCGAGAAGUGGAUGAGGGAAAAGAACUACAAGGGGAACCUAGAACCGACUUUGCUAAAGCAGUGGGAGGACGGGAGUCCCGUCGGUCUUGACCUGGAGCACAUUGCUGCGACUCUGGGAAAGGCGUAGAUAUGUAGAUAGCCCUCACGUUGUGCAAUACACUAGUACAUCGCCUCCCACUUUCAGAUGUAAUAUCAAUUUCCAUCGAGCUGCGC